AUGCAAAACUGGUCCCUUGAUGAUCAUCCAACUCUUGUUCACUUUCGCAAGAAAAUGGAUACCAUUCCUGUUAAGUCUAACUACUUCUAUCACCUGUUUUUAACACCUCCUUAUGCAAUGCCAGUUAAAGGGAAAACAGCUUUUGACUACUUAUUCUACACAAUUGAACCUGAUAAAACGACAUUAAUAAGCGGAAACAAUCCAAGCAUGAAACUCAAACUUGAAGACAAUAAAAUUAUUACACUUUCAGGCUUCAAAAAAAAAUUUGCCAUCCCUAUUAUUCUCACUACAUACUGCACAAGUAUGAAUGGACUUUGCUUUAAUAUCCACGAAAUUGAAAAUGACAUUUUUGACAUAUCUCGACCUAUCCAUCCUUUAUACUUAAAGGUACUUGAGUGUUAUGACGAUUCUGAUAAAUCAAAAAUGUUUAUCGAGAGAACUUUUGAAAACGUUCCAGCAGUCAUAAAUCUUUAUAAUGCUAUCUGUAAUGCUAUUGAGAGGAUGGAAAUUACUCCAGAAAACAGAAGAGACUUGAUGCAAAGACUUCAAGUUUCUAUAGAACAGCUUGCUGCUGAAAUAUUUAAAUGCCCAGAUACAGAAAUGUUACCUGUAGCCGGAAAACAGAAACUUAACUAUCUAGUUUAUAAUGCUCUUACAUCUAAGACACAUUUCCAUUUCAUUAUGGCCUACAGCAAAGAAUUUGCCCAACAAGAUAUUGCAGCUCGUAAAAACAUGUACAGUUACCUCAGCCAAUCGAAAGCUGAUGAGAAAAAGAUGACAGAAGCAGCUACAAGAUAUUUGAGCAGAAUAUUCAGUUUAAAGUCUCCACUCGCUCAAAUUGAAAGAGUUGCACAAUUCUUUGAAGCCAUUGUAGCAUUGUUACCAGGAACAGAGAUUGCUGCUGAUGAUAUCCUUCCUGCCAUAUGUUCUGCUAUGAUUUGCGAUCAAUCUUUCUCUACACAAGUUGUUUCUUUCUUCACUUACCUCCAAGAGAUUUGGCCAUCAUCAGGAUUCGAUGAGAGACUUACUUACAUCCUUACAACAUGUUCUAUUGCUGCUACUCACCUUUCUUUCCCUCCUCAGGAAAAGAAAGACCAUCCUGGAAGUUUAGCUCCUUCUUCUUCAAACGAGUUUACACCACAACCUGAAGCAAGAAAGUCUUCUGAUCAGGAUACAAUUAACAUGCUUGAAGAUUUAUUAGCAAAUCUUUAA